UUUAUCUUCCAAUGUGGUUGCUCAGUGGGAGGGACUUGCAGAUAAUGCGCAUCUCUUCCAGCUUCUGUCAUUCUGUGGGUAUUGUUUGUUGUCAUAAAGAUGGAGUUCUUACUGGGCAAUCCGUACAGCACUCCCGUGGGCCAGUGCUUAGAGAAGGCCACAGAUGGCGGCCUGCAGGCUGAGGACUGGACCCUCAACAUGGAGAUCUGUGACAUCAUCAAUGAGACGGAGGAAGGGCCUAAAGAUGCCAUCCGGGCGCUGAAGAAGAGACUGAGUGGGAACAGGAACUACCGGGAGGUGAUGCUAGGAUUGACGGUGCUGGAGACGUGUGUAAAGAACUGCGGCCACCGGUUUCAUGUCCUCGUGGCUAACCGGGACUUCAUUGAUGGUGUCCUCGUCAAAAUCAUCUCCCCCAAAACCAACCCCCCAACCAUCGUACAGGACAAAGUCCUGGCUCUGAUCCAGGCCUGGGCGGAUGCCUUCAGGAGUAGUCCUGACCUGACGGGGGUGGUCCAUAUUUAUGAGGAGCUGAAGAGGAAAGGCAUCGAGUUCCCCAUGGCUGACCUGGACACUCUGUCACCCAUCCACACACCACAGAGGGGUCUACCAGAGGUGGACCCAGCUGUACUAAAGUACAAAGCCCCCAUCCAGCCCCACGCUACAGCCACCCUCCCCAAGCCUGCAGCCGACCCGGCUCCGGCCCCGGCCCCCGCCCCCCUCACCCCCAUCCUACAGAUACCACACAUCCCCAACGUACAGGGCCCCAUCACCGCCAACCCUGAACAGAUCGCCCGGCUGCGCAGUGAACUGGACAUAGUGAGGGGAAACACCAAAGUGAUGUCAGAGAUGCUGACUGAGAUGGUGCCUGGACAGGAGGACUCCUCGGACCUGGAACUCCUUCAGGAGCUGAACAGGACGUGCAGGGCCAUGCAGCAGCGGGUGGUGGAGCUGAUCUCCCGGGUCUCCAACGAGGAGGUGACAGAGGAGCUGCUGCACGUCAACGACGACCUCAACAACAUCUUCCUACGAUACGAGAGGUAUGAGAGGUACCGGUCGGGUAGAGCGGCUCAGAAUAACGGGCUAAUGGAGAUGCUGAGUGAAGCCACAGAGGACAACCUGAUAGACCUAACGCCAGGCUCGCCCGCUGUGGUCAGCCUCCGAGCCACCUCCACACCCCCGUCCAGCAUCCCCCCUGUGACCUCCCCUAGGGCUGGGGCUACAGCCUCCCCUGCCCGGACCCUGAUCCAAGACCCUACCUCUUGUCCCUCAACUCUGUCCACUCAGCUCGCCGGCCUGGAUGUGGGUGGGGUUAGUGUCAGUGGUACCCUGUCCUCUCUGUCGGGGCACAACCCUGGAGACGACUUUGACAUGUUUGCUCAGACCAGGACCAGCUCUCUGGCAGAUCAACGCAAAAAUGUGAAGUACGAGGACCCUCGAGCCCUGGGUGGGCUUGCCUCAGCUCUGGACGUCAGACAACAGAACGCCACUGGAGGGCUGAGGGUCAUAGGGGAUGAUAACCCAGAGUUGGAGCUGCCCAUAGACAGCUGGCUUAUUACCCAAGGAAUGAUCCCCGUAUCGCAGUCCUCUGUCAUGGAUGACAUAGAGGAGUGGCUCUGUGCUGAUGUGAAAGGCGAUGGUUUAGAUGGUGAGGAAGGGGUGACGAGUGAAGAGUUUGAUAAGUUUCUGGAGGAUCGAGCGAAGGUGGUCGAUUCCUUACCAUCGCUCCCUGGUGAUGAGCCUGGUCCCCCUCUCAGCGCCCCCAGCGGCACCCGCAAGAAGGCUGAACGGACGGAGGAUGCCCUCUUUGCCUUGUAGACUCUCCCCAGGAAACCUCUCUCUCUGAGGCAUCUGCAGUACCUAGGUAUCCCCUAUCCGCCACUCCUGCCAAGCAGCAGUGUAGCUACUGAACUGAACACCAAUCCUCCUCCUGCAGAGGACCAUGCUUGCUGUCUGCCUGCCCAGCCGCGUUGCAUCAUGUAUUACUAUUGAGGUUUUGAUCCGUCUGUCAGUGUGGGAUGUGUCUGUCGUCUUGUAUCUCAUCUGCAGCUAGCUACCCUAAGGAGGAUAUAACCUAACAUUGUGAGGAUGAGGAUAACAUAACAAAACCCCGUCUUUAUGUUCCUCUGAAGGUGUGAAGGUUAACAGAAAAAAUCCUUCUGAAAAAGCAGACAGAGGCAUAUAGUCUAUACAAACAGAGGAGGACUGUGUUAUUUUAAUAAAUGUAGCUUAUGAAUAAUUGAUGCAUUUAUUUGUUUAACGGUUUGUACUGUACUAUGUACUAGCGCUGCACUCUGUAGUUGUCUCUUUUUGAUUAUUUACUCAUGUUCCUUUUUAGGUUUCCUUAACCCUUUCAUUACCCAUUCUACAGUUGGGAAAUGUUGGUACAGGGAAAGGCAAUGCAUGAGGAAAGACUACUGUUUGACGGACUUCAUGCUAGUGUUACUCAAUUAUGACACAAUAGUUCUGCAGGGCCAAAUAGCAAACAUGACUUACCUGUAUCUGCCUGCCUCCGCAUUUCACAAGGGAGAAGGAAAACAUAUAUACAGCUGCAAGCAGCCAUGUCAAGGUUCAAGCCCUAUGGCACCACAGCAAAUAUCUGUCACACAGCUUUUAUAUUUGCUUUCCUCUUUGAAAAGCUGUUGUCAACUUCCCUCCAUGUUAUCUGUGUGGUGUGUACAUACUGUAGGGAAGAAAAGGGUCCAAAAUAGUCUUUUCAAUCAGAACCUAAGUAACACCCACCAAAUAUUUCUGAUCGAUAUUAUACAGGGGCUACCGGUACCAUACAUUGACUCGUUACCGUUACCCCUGUAUAUAGCCUCGUUAUUGUUCCUUUAUUGUUGCUCUUUUAUUUUUUACUUUGGUUCAUUUAGUAAAUAUUUUUCUUAAACUCUCUUAUUUUUCAUAAAACUGCAUUGUUGGUUAAGGGCUUGUAAAUAAGCGUUUCACAGUAAGGUCUACACCUGUUGUAUUCCGCGCAUGUGACAAAUGGAAUGUGAUUAAUACUAACACGACAACAGCCGUAUGAGUUGCAGCAGUGACGUUCUGCUCUGGUACUACCUGUACACUAUCUAAGUGUAGCGAUGUUGAGUUCUUCCAAAGACUUUUUAAUGACAAACUCAUUUAGUAAUUUUAAUCAGAGGAGGUUGGUGGCACCUUAAUUGGGAAGGGCGGGAACGUGGUAAUGGCUGGAGCGGAAUAAGUGGAAAGGUAUCAACAACAUCAAACACAUGGUUUCCAUGUGUUUAAUGCCAUUCCAUUCGCUUCUUUCCAGCCCCUCAGCAGCCUCCACUGGUGUCUUCUGAUAUUGGGCUUUUCUUCAAUGUUUUCCUUCCCCUUCUACCAUGAGACCAAUUUCAUGAACUUCAUGCACUUCUGGACCCUUGACCGUUUCGGUAUGUUUAUCCUUGUGUUAAUAAGAUGGGAACUGUUUUUAUAGGACACAAGACAUUUUCUUAGACUAAUUGCAUAUGAUUUUAUAUCUUUAUGAAAUUUCAGCCCUUUUCUGCUCUACAAAGCAGACUUUACAGACAGUCGUAAAUAGAAAAACGGACACUUUUUCCUGAUAUGGAAAUUAAAGGAAUAGUGCAGGUGAAAUAUGGCACUGAAAAUCGAAUCAAAUUGUAAAUUUAUGAUGGCGUAUUGGUAGCAUACUUCACAGAAAAUAGUUAUUGCAAACAUGCAUGUACGUAUGUUUUCAUAAAUAUGUGUAUAUACAUCAGAAAUAUGUGAGUAUUACCUGCAGUACAUGUUUAAAAGUCCAACUGAAUUAUUAGCUUUUGUGUCGGUCGCUAAGUUGAAAGGCUAACUCAUUCAUGUAUUGUUUGGUCUCCUGGUUGUAUACAGUAAUGUCAUGCAGGAAAAUUCAUUCCUCCCAGAUCCUUUCUACUUUGGGGAAGCUCCCCUGCUCUCCUCUCUUUACACAUACAUGUGUGGAACAGAAAUAGGUUCGGAUGUGCUUCGGGAGGAUGACCAAAAACAUUAUUUUUACCGUGUUUUAUGUGUUUUUACUGUGGUCUAAAUUGUCUGGUAAAGCUUCCUGUCUUUUAUUUUUGAGGAUUACAGUGGGUGGUAGCUGUGGGCUGUGACUCUGCUAGUGGGACUGCCCCUUUUAACCUGUUAACAUUCUAUUUGACUUUGCUUACCUACAGUAGGUAAUGGAGUUAGAUGAGGGCAUAACAUUCUCUUCCUGUUGUCAGGAAAACAUGGGCUACAGACCUUUGAGGUAAAAGAGAAUCGUUCUUCAUUUAAACUCUUUUGCCAGUACUUUUCAAAGUUCAUGCUUAUAAAGCUUCUACAAUUAACACCAAAUGAAUAACUACAAAACGCCAUGACGUUUCACUUCAAUAGGAACUAUGUGUUUACUUACAAGUAUCCUUAUAUACUUAUCAAAGUUAUGUGUAUUAUACUGUAAAUGAGAUACUCAAAUAAGUAAAAAAGACCUUAAUGUAUUUUAUUUAAAAACAUCUGCUUCCAGAUCAAACAUUAUUUGUAACAAUCAUUUAUAAAUAUUAGAGGGUGAUAUUACAAACAAGUACAUUAUUUGUAUGAUUUGUCUUGGGCAUUAAUGUUGGAAUGUGUUUGAGAAUACUGUAACAGAAUAAACUGUUAUUAAUGCGCUU